UGCGGGCCACGCUCUAACAUUUCGAGCUCAAGCACCAGAUAAAAAGCAACGAAGCCCGGAGGGGUACCGUCGGUUGGCGUUCCCUUUUGGUCACUUGUCUCGUGUUUCCAUCGUUCCCGUUCCCCGACAACUUCAAGCCCCAACCCUCGCCCGCUCUCUGCGACGACCGUCGCCGCCGGAAGGCCACCGCCAGAGGCAGCCCGAAUCUCGCAAUCAUGCUCCAGUUCCCGGCGUUCAUGCGUCAAUUCCCGUCGCCCACCCUCAUCCCUUCCUCCACUCUGUUUCCUGUGUGGGCCCUCGCCCAGAACGACGAGCUGCUUCUUGCCAUGGAAGAAUCCGAGCUUGAAGAAAGG